GCUGUGGGAGGCGGAGGCUCACGGGUCGGCCGCCGUUGUCGCCAAGGCGCGCGCAGGCCCCACCGCGGCCAUGAUGAUUCACGGCUUCCAGAGCUGCCUCCAGGACUUCUUCGGGCCGUGGAGGCUGACGGCCGCCAAGACGCACAUCAUGAAGUCGGUGGACGUGGAGAAGUUAGCUGAUGAACUGCAUAUGCCAUCUCUCCCUGAAAUGAUGUUUGGAGACAACGUUUUAAGAAUCCAGCAUUGCUCUGGCUUUGGGAUUGAAUUCAGUGCUACAGACGCAUUAAGAUGUGUGAACAAUUACCAAGGAAUGCUCAAAGAAGCCUGUGCUGAAGAGUGGCAGGAAGGCAGAAUGUCAUUUGGUGUUCUGCACUCCUGAAUCUGAUCCUUCUCAUUCUGCUGUUUGAGGAUGGAGAGUGAGCACCCCAAGGAGGUCAUCAAACCACACGACUGGACCUACACGACCGACUAUAAGGGGACAUUGCUGGGAGAGUCACUUAAGUUGAAGGUUGUGCCUACAACAGAUCAUAUAGACACAGAGAAACUGAAAGCCAGAGAACCGAUUAAGUUUUUUGAAGAAGUUCUCCUGUUUGAGGAUGAACUUCAUGAUCAUGGAGUUUCAAGCUUGAGUGUAAAAAUUAGAGUAAUGCCUUAUAGCUUUUUCCUGCUGUUGCGGUUUUUCUUGAGAAUCGAUGGGGUGCUUAUCAGGAUGAAUGACACAAGACUUUACCAUGAGGCCGGCAAGACCUACAUGUUACGAGAAUAUACAUCACGAGAGAGCAAAAUUGCUAAUUUACUGCACGUUCCACCUUCCCUCUUCACGGAACCUAAUGAGGUAUCACAGUAUUUAUGGAUAAAGGAGGCAGUUUGUGAGAAGCUGAUCUUCCUAGAGAGAAUGGAUGCCAACCCUGCAGGCUUGCAGGGAAGCAGUCCUGUGGAAUAGGAUGAGGUCCGGCGCCUCCUCGCCUGGAAUCUGACCGGAGGCCUCGGCUACUUGAGGUGUAUUUUUAUUGUGAGAGUUAAUGGCCUUGUCUAUGUGCAGAUUUUCUGUAGCCCUAAAGGAAAAAAAAUAAAAGGUGAUUGCAAGCAGCUUCCA